AAAUGACGUCAUCGCGCAUGCGCUCAAUCAAUUUUAAAUACUUAGUCGCCGCACUGUAUUCUGCUGAGAUCGACUAUCAUUGAACGAGGUUCUUUUGUUUCAAAAUGGCAGAAAUCGAGGUGGAACGGGCAUCAGGAAGCGCUAAUGGUGCCGGUGAUAGUAUGGAUUCGACAGAAUCUGGAAUGAAUGGAGACAUUUUAAACCAUAUUGACCAGAACAAGCAAAACGGUUACCCUGAGAGUGGAAAUGAGGGGCAGGCCAAGGAAGAGUCAAGUAAAUCUAAAGAUCACAGAGACAAAGAUCGCGAGAAGUCCAAACACAGCUCAAGCUCUGACAAACAUAAAUCAAGCUCGUCCGGUAGUGCCGACAAACACAAGCAUAGUUCGAGCUCCAGCAGCUCUAAGCAUCACUCAUCAUCGUCAAGCUCAAGUAAGCACAGGGACGGGCAUUCAAGCAGCUCUCAUAAACAUGGUAGUUCGAGCUCAAGUUCUAAGCACAGAGAUGGUCACAGUUCAAGCAAAGACAAGCACAGUUCUAGUAGUAGUCACAGUAGUAGUAAGGAUAAAGAUAGGCAUGGCUCUUCUGAUAAGAGCAAACAUAGUUCAAGCUCGAGCAGUAAACACUCCUCAUCGGACAAACAUCGUGAUAAAGAUCGAGAACAUAAAAGCAAAAGUUCAAGUGGAGAUAGCAGUUCCAAGAGUAGUUCGGAUUCAAAGAGCAAAAAAGAGAAUGUUGAUGUUGACAAGGAAAAGGAACGCCAAGAGCGAAAAGAAAAAGAGAGACAAGAACGAAAAGAAAAGGAAAGACAAGAGAGGAAAGAGAAAGAAAGGCAGGAAAGAAAAGAAAGAGAAAGGCAAGAAAGGAAAGAGAAAGAGCGAUUAGAACGUGAGCAAAAUGAGGAAAGUGUUGAAGUAAAAAGCGAACCAGUGUCACCAGUGAAAAGUGAGUCUCGUUCUCCAAGGAAGGCAAGUCCAACAAAAUCUAUGAAAGAAGAGCCAGAAAGUGAUGAGGAUGACAUUCCAUUGUCUGUAAGACUAAAGCAGGAACAGGUUGAGAAGCCUAUCAAACGGGAGAGAGAAGAUUCUGAUGAUGAUGAUGUCCCAUUAUCAGCAAGGAUGGAACAAGUGAAAAAAGUCAAGAAAGAAAAGAAGGAAUCGCCACCAUCUGGUAAAAAACGUAAAGCUGAAGAAUCUGAUGAUGAGAAACCUUUGAAAAAGAAGAAGAAAGCGAAGCAGCCAGUUAAACAAGAAACAACUUCACCGACGAAGAAGAAGGGUAAAGGAGCACAGCAGGAGGGUCAGGAAGUAUGGAAAUGGUGGGAGGAGGAGAAAGGGGACAGUGAUGAGAAAUGGAGGUUUCUCGAACAUAAAGGACCUGUCUUUGCUCCCUUGUAUGAGCGCAUGCCAAAAGAUGUCAAGUUUUACUAUAAUGGUGAACCAAUGUUACUAUCAGAGGAAGCAGAAGAAGUGGCAACGUUCUAUGCGAAGAUGUUGGAACAUGACUAUACUUCUAAGGAAGUUUUCAACACUAAUUUCUUCAAGGAUUGGAGAAAGGUGAUGACAACAGAGGAACGUGAGAAGUUAAAAGAUUUAAAAAAAUGUAACUUCCGAGAGAUGUGCGAGUAUUUCAAAGAGGAGUCUGAGAAAAGGAAAAACAGGAGCAAAGAAGAAAAACUGAAAUUGAAAGAAGAGAAUGCUCGUAUGCAAGAAGAGUAUGGAUUUUGCACCAUGGACGGUCACAAGGAAAAGAUUGGAAACUUCAGGAUUGAACCCCCUGGUCUGUUCAGAGGUAGAGGUGAUCAUCCUAAACAGGGAAUGUUGAAGAGAAGAGUACAACCCGAGGAUGUUAUAAUAAAUUGCAGCAAGGACUCGAAAAUUCCAGAACCACCAAAGGGACAUAAGUGGAAGAGAGUACAGUUUGAUAAUAAGGUAACAUGGUUAGCAAGUUGGAAUGAGAAUAUUCAGAACCAGAUAAAAUAUGUGAUGUUGAACGCCUCGUCCAGAUUGAAAGGAGAAAAGGACUGGCAGAAAUACGAGACUGCCCGACGACUUCACAAGUGCGUAGACAAGAUUCGAGCCAACUACCAGGAAGACUGGAAGUCCAAGGAGAUGAGAAUAAGACAAAGAGCUGUAGCUAUGUACUUCAUUGAUAAACUUGCAUUGAGAGCUGGUAACGAGAAGGAAGAAGGAGAGACUGCGGACACCGUGGGUUGCUGUUCCCUCCGAGUAGAACAUAUAACACUUCAUAUAGAGAAAGACGGCAAACAAAACGUCGUUGAGUUCGAUUUCCUCGGUAAAGAUUCUAUACGAUACCAGAAUGCCGUGCCAGUAGAGAAACGGGUCUUCAAAAAUCUACAGAUGUUCAUGGACAACAAACAGCCAGGAGAUGAUCUCUUUGACAGACUUAAUACCAGUAUCUUGAACAAACAUUUACAUGACCUUAUGGAGGGCCUCACAGCAAAGGUGUUCCGUACUUACAAUGCCUCGAAAACUUUACAAGAACAGCUUGAUCUCAUGACUAAUGAGGAGGACCCUGUCCCAGCGAAAAUGUUGUCUUACAACCGAGCUAACCGUGCUGUAGCUAUUCUAUGUAACCAUCAACGUGCAGCUCCGAAAAACUUCAGUAAACAGAUGAAGAACAUAAUGGCUAAGAUUAAAGACAAAAGAGCUGUUGUAAAGGAGGCCAAGAAAGCAUUGAAGGAAGCCAAAGCUGCAUUUAAAUCCCAGAAAAACCAAAAGAAUAAACUUAUGUAUGAGAAGAAGAAGAAAGCAUAUGAGAGAUCAGAGGAACAGCUGACUAAGCUUGAAGUACAAGCAACGGACAAAGAUGAGAACAAGGAAAUUGCCCUCGGAACCUCCAAACUUAACUACCUUGAUCCUAGAAUCUCAGUGGCAUGGUGUAAAAAGUGGGAGGUGCCUAUAGAGAAAGUAUACAACAAGACUCAGAGGGACAAGUUCCGAUGGGCCAUCGACAUGGCUGGUGCCGAUUUCCGGUUUUAACGUUAGUGAAUACUUAGGGAUCGUUCAUUUAACUCAUUAGUUGUACAUAUUUAUUCACGAAAUGUCCAUACUCAUGUGAUGAAAUAUAUCUUUUAAUGUAAAGACUUUGAAUCCCUGUUUUUAGUCAUAUGAUGUUCAUUGUGUCGGUCAAAAUCGCUGGCCGCAAAAUGUAUGUUCCAAAUACAGAUAAUUCAAAUUUGUUCAUAUUGUUUGCAUUUUAUUGUCAGAAAUGAUAAAAUUGUGUUAUUUUUUUCGUGUAUCAAAUCAUGAUGAAAUGUGACUUUAAUAUCAGAAUCAUGUGCGUUUUUAUUGUACAUUUUAUAAUUUAAUCAUGACAAAAAUUUCUUUUAUACGAUGUUUGAAUGUAGUAAUUGAUGACACUGUAAGACAAACGUCUUUUAUUCAUGUGAGCUACAUUUUUACUUCUCUGCAGAAUUUAUUUUAUUUGUUAGGUUUAUUUUUUUUUUGUCUUCUAAGUACGAUAAUUGAUUUAGAGUAACACACAUUGAAAGUCGUACCAGUAAGGUUCCUUUAAGAUAAUCAAAUUUAUUCAAUUGUUACCGAAGUUCUUUCAUUUAUAUAUAUAUAAAUAUUAUCUCAGAGUCUGACCAAGUUGGUAUUGCUUGUAAAUUCUAAAUAGCUAUUUAAACAGAUAGUACAUGUUAAUUUAUUAACUGGAGAUUAAGUGUAUUAAGUAUAGGAAUACUUUUACCAAUAUUGCUGUCAUUUCAUUAAAUCCAUAUAUAUAGCUUUGCUUAAACAAUUUUUUUCAUCUGAAUAACAGUGAAAACAUUGACACCGAAUCAGGAAUAUAAAAUUGCAUUGAUUAUACAAAGUUCAUUAUGAUGGCUAAUUCUGUUGGAAUAUACCAAUUUACGUUUUAUCCUUUCAAGCUCAUUUUUCUUUUUACAGAAAGUAUGAAAUUUUACUAGACAAAUUAAAGCACAUUCCAAAUAAAAGCCUUUAAGCUUUAGUGGAAUGUUUCCAUUAGAUAUAUCCCAAUAAAUGACAGAAUGUUGGAGAUAUGAUAUGUUUAAUAAUGUCUGCCUGUAAAUCUAGGGGCCUAUAUAUCCAUGUUUUCUACACAGUCAAAGAAGAGUAGUUCCAAUUGGUGUUGGGCUUUCUCACAAUUUAUGUUGGAAGUGUAAUUGAAAUGAUGUAUAUGUAAUAGUAAAAAAUUAUACUUUGGAAUCGGCUUUGGAUAAAUUUUGUUUUUACAGUAUAUUACAUAGAUCUCAAAGUAAAGAUGAUUUUUUUUUGUUAGUAUUCUUUUAGUAUGGUAGAAUUGCUAAGAUAUACAGGCAAUUAAUAUUCAUUAGUUUUUGCUCCACAAAUAUCCAGUAUUAAUGUUAUAUUCUAUAUUCAUAAAAACUGUCUUUUCUUUUUAACUUUAUAAAUCAUUGAGUUCACAUAUCCGUCCUUAACUUGACUAUAUUUCUAGUGAUUAAACUCUCGUAAUUUAAUCAUUUUAGCAUACAUUGUUUAGAUAGCAUUCCUUUCAAUAGAAUUUGUUUUCUUUUAGCUUUUUAUUCAUUAAAAAAAAUGUCAGUUUUGCCAGUCUGUGUACCUAAAAUAUUGUUAUUGCCAGUCUGCGAGAAUAAAUUUUGUAUUGCCAGGUUAAGAUUAAAAUAUUACCAUUAACUUGGAAUAAGCAAAGGAAAACAAUUUUAUGAUAGGGUACCUAAUGUUUUGGAAAACAAUACUACUGUAUUAAUUCUCAAGAAUUUGCAUUAUAAAUAUAGUUUAAUAUGUAUGACUAGGGUAACACAAGACAGUUUUAAUGGAUAAUGUUGCAUUCAGUGUUAUUGCGUGAUAUAUGAAAUAUUUUCUUCAGGAAUUGUAUAGAAUUUGUACAUCGGAAAACAUUGUGAAUAAAACUUAUAAUUUAUUCCCCAAAAAAAACCAGUAUGAAUGAAUGAUUUUAUUUAUGUUAAAUGAGUUAUUUAUUAUUUUCUCCGCAUGAACAUAGUAUAUGAGUCGCAUGAUCCCUUAACCCUUGACCUUUUAUUAUUUUAAGAAUUUCCAUCCUUAAAAAGUGAGUAGACUUGUUUUCCAUGUUUGAGAUAUUGCUAUAUGAUUUGGGUGAUUAUAGACUGCAGUUUCAAGAUAACCUAGCCCUAUUUUUGUUGCAUACAUACUGAAUUUAUACAGAUUGCUGAAGUUUCAUAUUUUCUUAGCUACUGAAGUAUGCUUUUAGUUCAUUGGUUUCUAUAAAUAGAAUUUCAAUGUGAUUGGUUUAAAAGGUCAUGUGACUCGUAUGCAAAUGUGUCUAUAUUUAUUUUGCUGCCAGAGUUGGCAAUAUAUAUCAACUGUGUACAUUUUGUAUUAACUACAUUCAGCUGCCAUUUUCUUUUGUAAAUAUGAUUUUAAAAUAAAAUGUGUGUGUAUAACAAUGUACUUGAAUUGAAUGUAAUGUGGAGAUGAAAUAAAUGAAUCUUCAAAAAACUUUUGUUAACUUGCUGAGUGUCAUGAAAUCCUUAACCUUUAAAAUUGCAAGCAUGAUUUUUUAAAAUGUAAAUCAAAUGCUUUUACUGUAAAAGUGAUGUUUCAUUCUCCCUCAAGGUAUUAUAUGUGAAAGCAAAUUUUGUUUGUUUCUGAGAUUUAUUUUUUCAUUUUUAAUAGAGAUCUAUGUACUCUUAAUAAUUAAAAGUUGUACAUUUAUAAGUGUAAUGAAUGUGAAAUACCUAAUUGGUACCAAGUAUAAGUUAAAUUGUGAAAUGAAGAUCCUCUUUGUGCAUUUUAUUUUGUGUGUGUACAUACCAAUAUGUUUAUUUUUGUGUCUUUAUCAUAUGUUUUGAAAUGUUGUUUUAUGUUUCAUAAUCAAUCACAAUGUUGUUUGUAAGUUGUAAUAUCAGUUUGGAAAGGAAAAAAAAUCUUUGGAUUGGUAAAAACAGUGUCUUCCCCCCCCCCCCCCCCCAUAAGAUAAUAAACCUUACGAGGACUGGACAUUACUGGACAUGAGAUAUUAAACCUUACCAGUACUGACCGUUAGAUAUUUAACCUUACCAGUACUGUUAAAGAAACUUAAAAAACAGUGCUACCAGUAUAAGACUAGGCCAGCCAGCCAGUAUGUUUGUAUAUUCUGACCAAGUCCUGCAGUGUUUGUUUGACAAACUUUGAAUAAUUCAGUAACAGUAUCUCUAAACUUGAAUAGUACUCAGAUUUUGGAAUAAAAAUUUAACACAACAAUGUAAUUCAAAAGAUCUAUGGGUUUAGAAUAGAAAUGUAAAUUUAAUUUAAUAAAAGCUAAGAAAACAAUAAGAACAAUAUAACUUGAGAUGGUCAACUCGUGUAAAAAGCUUUUAUCUUGUUGAAAAGAAGAUGAACUCUUCUAAUACAAAUCCUGCUAUUUUCAACAAGAUUCACAUUUUCUUUACAAAAAAAUUUAAUAGGAAUUUCUUGAAUUUUAAUUUCAAAUUUAUUUUUGGUACAUGUGCAUAUAUUUCAGAUACACUUGCUAGACAUGUAUAUUAAUUAUUUCUGAAUUUUUCAUAUUUAUUCAAUUGAUAUUAACACAAUAUAUGUUGUUUACAUUUGAUUGGCCAGUUGAAAGUCUAUAUUUGACAAUAAUGAAUGAAUUUUGAAAUGAAUAUGAAGGGUAUUGAAGGGGUUAUGCUUGUAGCUUAUUGAAAACUUUUGAAUUGUAAAUAAUACAAAUAAAAUUUGUGAAUUUUCGGAAACAUUUCAAAAGAAACAUAUCAGAGUGAUUGAGGACUGUAAUGCGAUGUUCAGAGAUAGACUGGUAAACAAGAUGUUCUAAAUGAAACAAUAAUAUAUACAUGUACAUAUUGUAUUCAUUUUUUUCUGUCAUUACCUUUAUAGGUUGGAAAAGAUAUUCUCAAUUACGAAUUUAAGACAAAUGAACAUUUUGUAAUGAAUAUUUAUUAACAAUCUAAUUUCACUUCUGAACAACUGGAUAAAAAAAAAGGAUCUAUUAAACUAUUUGUUGAAUGCCGAGGUUUCAAGUGCUAAUAUUUCUAUCAUGUUUGCAAUAUUUUCAACAUGUUUGCCAAGUCUUACAAAACAUUGACUUCAUGUACUCAGCGGAUUUAAGGUAAAAUGUAUUUCAUUUUUGUUUUUAUGAAAAAUGGCCUUCGUAUAUAUUGUUGCGCUUAUACUAAUUAAAAGAAUCAGGGAUAUGUCACAAGAAUACACAGCUUUUUGACAUUACAUUACACCGUGUGUGUAGAUUUUUUAUUGACUCAACCCUGUCAGUGUAGUACAUAAGAAUCAAUGAUGAUAUUUUAUAGUGAAAUUUGUUUUUUAAAUUGUAAAUGAUGAUAUAUGUUCUUAACCGUUUAUGUUAUGGUUUGUUGAACAUGUUGUGUCUUCAAUGAAAUUAAAAAAAAUAAUGAAAGAAAACAGAA